AUGUCCGUGUUAUUUAAAAAUCAAUUUGGUUACGAACAAGAAGAAAAUUCGUAUCAAAAGCGACACCAACAUGCUCGCCAACAACAUGUGCCAAGACAAAUUGGUCAAAAAGACAAGCGUGGCAGAGAGGAGAACUUGUUGGUGUUUGGAUAUGCUUGCAGUGUAUACUAUGAUGAUCAGAAGGCAGUUUAUUUCAAUGAGGGACGCCAUUUGAUGCCGUGGAUGGGAGAUGAAUCGCUUAUGAUAGAUAGGUAUACACCAUUGUAUGACUUUAUAGUCGUGGUAAAAAAUUUUAAAAUCACAGAAUUUCAGAGAACUCAAAUACAGAAAAUUUUCUAUGGGAGUGUGCCCCCAGACCCUUCUCCUAGGCAAAUCAUGCCUUUGGCGCUUGUUUGAUCAAUUCUCCAGCCAGCUUUUCACCGAAACUUCGCAUAUGAACAACCAUAAAAUUGUUUGUUUUCAUUUCAAAAAAAUCCACAAAAUCUAAUCAGACUAUGCAAUAUUUUGACAUUCCUAGAUUUGAUGGCCGUCUUCUGCUGGAAGAUAUCUCGCCGUAUAUUUCCAAGGGUUCGUCAGAUGAAGACAAUACCUGGCAGCUGUCAUACGACGAGCAAGAAAUAGAAAGACUCUGUGAUGAAGAAAGAUACCAGGCCUUGGAAAAUAACGAUGGUAAUGGCUCUGGUGAUGAUUAUGAAGGUAGAUCCUGUUAAGUGUAACUAGUAGUAGUAGCACACUUACAAGAGGCAUUUACCCCCUCCCCCCUGAAAAUAUUCAAAAUGGCAGAUGUUCAGGGGGGUGAAUAAUAAUGGUGUGGUAGCAGUUGCACUUUUUUGGCUGAGUCCGUCUUCUGUAAGGUCUCUAUUAGCCAUUCCGAAGUUGAUGAGUGGACUGGGGAUGAAUGUUAAAAAGUGCCCGAAUUAAGGUUACUCCAUAUGAUGAAAACAUUGAUUUUGUCCUUUUUUACAUUUUUAUCGAUUUAUAUCGAGGGGCUAGAGAUCUUUCCAUUUCCGCAAAUAUUUUUUGAAAAUAUUAAAAUGCAACCGAGAUAUAACCGAAAAUGUUAUAGUCUAAUAUAUUUUCCCCGGGAAAGUUUUAAUUGUGAUUGACAGUUUGUGGAUAAGUUUGACCAUAUGGUUUGACCACAGGGUGCAUGUUACGCAUCUGUGGCGGUAUUCAAGUUGGGCGACUUGUUUGUUUUAGAUAUAGCUACAUCACUUUAAUAUUGUAGGUACACGCACACAACACAGUGUAAUUUGCGUUCUAAGUAAAACGCCGGUUUAAAAAGUGAUCAAUCUUAUAUAUAACUAUAUAAAAUGCGCUUGCUUAUCACCUUGUCAUUGAUGCUGAGUCAAAAUGAAACCCAGCCAAAACACACUUUAAAAGUCGAACCUGAUUGGCUUUAGUUUGAAGUGAUGACAAGGGGCGGAGAAACAUAACAGAGAACGGAAAAUCUCGGCGAAAUCACUUUUUGUCUUUUACAGAGAAGGAAUUAUCAGCCCGGUUGUCCUCACAAAACGAGUUAUGGAACGGGCACGUUUUAUUCAAUUGCUACCAAAUCUUUACCACGAUGUAGAACAACAUCAGAGGAGCAAAACCGUGUUCGCGUUUUUCUUUUAAUGCUUUAGUUUUCAAAUUAUAGGCUUCUGUUCUAUCGUUAUUGCAAAUUUUUGAUGAGUCAACUUAUCUGCUUUAUAUCUCAGCAAAUAUAAUACCUGUCAAAAACCGUGAACACGGUUUUGUUGUUUGAUCAUUUAACAUGGGAAAUGUGAUAUUUCGGAAGCUUCUGAGUUUAAUCGGAUGGUUCUAAAGCUCGUCGCGCGACGUGCGUCAUAUUUUCAAAAGCAGCUCGUAACAACCAUAGUUUUUAAAAAUGUAUAAUUUUUGUUAAAGUAGUAGCAGCAGCAAUGAUUUAUUGUUGUGAGUGCCAAAUUUGAGGGGGGAAACUGAAAAAUUUAGUGCGCAGCGAGCAUUUUCCUGAAAUGGACUUUCAUCAUGUGGAGUAACCUUAAGAAAUGAACCAAAUCACUAAAACGACCACCUCAAAAUUAGUAAGUAUACAAAGUUUGAAGACAUUACAUGAAUGUCCUUCGAAUAAUAGGCUUUCGAAAAUUGCGAUAUUUACUAUGAAAUGUACUGUAAUUUUUGUUUUUGGGAUGCACAUCCCAAAAACAAUCUUUUAAUCAGUAAUUUCACAAUUUUCAAAAGCUUAUUAUUCGAAGGGUAUUCAUGUAAACGUCUUCAAACUUUGUAUACUUACUAAUUUUGAGGUGGUCUUUUUAGCUAUUUGGUUCAUUUCUUAAUUUGGGCACUUUUUAACACUCUUCCCCAGUCCUCUCGUCAACUUUGGAAUGGCUAAUUCUGUAACUGUGGCACCAACUCAUCCCACAUCUAUAAAAUACAUUUUUAGAGGAAGAAAUGAAAAGAUUCAAAGCAGCGAUUGCCUCCGAAGGUGGUUCAUACAGUGCAGUUGGCAUGACCUACAAUGAUCAACAAUAUUAUCCACAAUAUAACUACGAUUCAACACAAGGACAUGCUGACAUGAAUACCCAAUAUUAUCAUGCAUUCGCUCAAGAACACAGUGCUGGUAAGUUACAGGCUUUAUAAGUCUCCAUAGUGUGAUAAUGAUCUCCCCUUGAUGAAUAAAAUUGUGUAGCAUUAGACCAUAUGUAGCCUAUUGAAGAGAAGAUGGCUGCGAAACUCAUUAGAAUAACAAUAUAACUCAUCAUCUAUGUUAAUAGCAUUGUCCGCAGUAGCUAAAAAUAGAUUUUCCAAAUGAAGACCCCCCGCGAGACUCAGACAAACAAACUAACAUUUUGUAUAGAAUUGUACUAGCAGCGAACAUAAAUUGGUCUAAAUUGACGUUUUUAUUUAUUUUAUCUGUGCUAAAACGAAUUUAAAUUUAUCCCAAACUACAAACAUGGUUAUUGCUAAGCUCUGUUUGCUGGAGAACAUGUCCAAGUGAUUCAAAAUACUCAGAAUAAUUGCUGAAACAGUACUCAGCAGUAGCAAUGUGUUGACUGUUAUUGACUGCGGACUGUGCUGGUUAUUCUCCAAGAACUUUCGCAGCUAACCAUUUUCCCCCGUCAAUACAUCCAGCGAACGAUGCUUUCCCGAACUAUUAAAAGCAAUCGCUAACUCGCUGAAGAAGAACGUGGCGUUUUAUACCGCUUUGCUAUAAGCCGGCCUAUACAUUUUAACCACUGCUUGAGUUUAUAAAUCGACAGUAUAAUCAGAUGGAUGAUGCUCAAAAGAUGAGUCUGGGACGCCAUCGUUUUUAGUGAGAGCGUCUGUUGUUAAAUUUAUGACUGAGAGAAGCAAUAGUUUAACCAGACAGUGUUAGGCUAUUUAAUUAAUACAGUGUUAAUAAUAAAGGGCGGUUCUCUAUUUUAAAAAAACUUUAAAAAUAAAUAAAUAAAAAUGUUGUUUUUAUAAUAACAUCUUUUUGUUGUAUUGUCAAAGCAAAAUAGUUUUACUGGUCAACGGAAGAUUUUAUAUUUGUAGUUUAUCUUUGACAUUUUUUAAAAGUUUAAAUUUGAAAGUAUUAAUUUUAAUUACAUUCCUAAUAAAUCCGUAUUUUAUAACUUGAAUAUGUAGUCAAUAGAUUAUAGUAAAUAAUCCUAGCUUCUUUGGUAUUGGACUUUGCUAUUAAUAAAAGAGAUGUCUAAAGUAAUAAAAUAAUGCACACUAAAGCGAGGUAAGUUAGUAACAUGAAAUCAACAACAUUAAAUAGGGAACUUUAGAACUGAUUCGCUUGGGCUACGAAUUAAAUCUGGUAUGACUACGAGAUUUUUUCGUUAAAUAUCUGCUACUACAGACUUUCUAUCGUCCUUUCUUUUGCAUACCCUUUCUUUAUAGCAACAGUUACGCCAAACCAUGGACUAUUAUAACACAGCCUGAGACACUGCCUAUGAUAGAAACGACAUGACAGUCGAUACUAAAGUGACGAAAAAGUGUAUAUUUCUACUUCCAAAGCAAAAAUAUUUUGCACUGGCACUUCAGGUAAAGCGAAAAGUACAAGGUGUGUAUGAUUUCGCACAAAUAAACUGUAAACAAACGAUCAAACUAUCAAACUAACUCACAGGAAGCUCUUAAUCGUAAUACUAUUUAUAUUAAAUGUUGCCAAUGUUUGUCUGAGUCUUGGCGGGGGGUCGAAUUUUCGUGACGUCAAUUGCGGACAACGCUAUUAGUCGAAGUUUAUUCAUAAAUACCUUUACCGUCUCAUGCGUAUUGUAUUUUUGCCAAAUCCACCAAUAGCAAUUUGACCAUUUCCAAUUUACCCUAUUGUUUGAGUCACGGAUAGGUAACUUUCCUAAAACAUUGCUAUUGGUUAGUUGGGCAAAAAUACAAAACACAUGCGACGGUAAAAGACCAGAUUUAUGAAUAAACAUUGACUGACAUAGAUGAGUUAUAAUGUAGAACUGUGCAAACUCUAGUUAUUUUAGCUCCUGCAGUGGGGUCCGGCUCCGGCAAGAAAUUUUUAAGGAAAUUCCAUAUUUAAAAGUGGAAGCAGGCUUUCAGUGUAAUUUCAGAAUUUAUCUUUUUUAAAAACCUUUUUAAAACACUAUUAAUUAAUAGUAAACCACAUAGUAAUAUAUAGUAAAACAACAUAUAAAUAGUAAUAUAUUAGUAAACAACAAGAGUUUCACUUCCCUUCGAUAGGCUAUGAUUAGACAGUAGUGCCUUCUUUUAUUCUAUCUGUAAUUUUAUUAAGUGUACUAACUGAAAGUGAAUAUACAAAUAAUGAAUGUUUAUGAGUGCAAUGGUAAGAAUAUUUUCAUGAGGUGAAAGAUGGAAUGUUCCAUUCAACGAGGCAACAGCCGAGUUGAAUGGAACUUUCCAUCUUUCACCGAGUGAAAAUAUUCUUACCAUUGCACGAAGAAACAUUCAUUAUUUGUUUUAUAUAAUACCAAAAGUCCAGAACAGACUAAUAGAUUCGUAUGAGAAGCAUUUUGAGGGAUGCGAUUUAUCGAAAACACAAAGAGUGCAAUUGUACUAUACUGUACGUUUUAUUCCAUUGCACUCGAGGAGAGUGCAAUGGAACGUGUUCCAUUGCACUCUUGGGAAAUGGAAUUUUCUAUUCAAUAUCACGUGACCAUAAACAGCCAAUUAAAUGAUUAGAAUUUAAUAAGGUAUUAUAUAAUAUUAUAUAAUUCAUUCAUUAGGGCCAGCUCCAUUACUGCAAGAACAGCCAGCAUCCAUGGUUCCUCUUCUACAACAAUACCAUCAGCAACAACAACAAAUACAACAGCAGCAACAACAGGAACUACUACUACUACAACAACAACAACAACAGCAGCAGCAACCAGCACAGCAACAACCACAACAAGAGGAAGAAGAGAUCGAGGUGUUUGUUCCUCCUAAAGAACUUGAUAUCCCUGCAGAUAUGGAAGCGGUAAGUCAUCCGAAAAUAGCAAAUCAAAACUAUCAUGUUGUCUUGUGUUUGUCAUAUUCUCUUCUGCAAAAUCUUGUGCUUCUCCCUGUUUGAAAACUCGAUUAAAUGAAUGUGAGGCUGAAGUACUGAAGACGUCGCCAGAAUUUCACGAGAUGGGGAGGAAUAUGUUUCUGAAAAUAGACAAUACAAGCGACAAGGUAAGUUCCCAUAGGAAAUGCACGAAAAGUUACUCAAGAUGGUGAUACAAGAAUUCAUUUCACGAUUGGAUUAUGUAGGUAUUUUUAAUGACUAGUACAUCGAUGUUUCUUAUUAUAGCUAUCCUACAAAUAGGCUUUCGGAUGCAACUACCUGGAAAUAUAAGCCAGAAUAAUUUUGACGUUUCGAGCGAAGGCUCUUCAUCUAGAGUCACUAGUGACUUCAGACGAAGGGCCUUCGCUCAAAACGUCGAAAUUCUCCUUAGGGACUGGUCAUAAAGUAACUGCUAGGGUGGGCUGGAGUGAUUUGGGAUGGGCCAUGGAAAAUCUUUGGGCAUUUUCGAUGGGUCGCCAAUUUUUUUUGUAUGUCCACGGUUGGGCCACCAAACAAAAACCCAUGCAUGUCUACUUAAAAAAAUAAAGAUAUUAAUAAUAAAAGUAAACAAAACUAACCAAAUUAUCAAAUGCAAAUGAUGGUAUGGAAGCUAGUACUUUGGAGAGCAGCUCAGUAUGUCUAGCUUGGUGGAAUUAUGUGCGUCAAUACAGUGCCGGUGUAUAUUUACAAUGUUCAUACCUGCAAGUUUUUUUUUUAUUAUAAAAGUAUAUUUUCCCAAUUUAGAUUGGGUGGGUCAUGAAAAAUAUUUUGUAAGAUUAGAUGGGCUUUGAAAUUUUUAUCUACAUCCUAAGAUGGGUCACCAAACUUAUUGGCAAAAUUUGUGAUUUACCUCCAGCCCACCCUGGCAGUUACUUUAUGACCAGUCCCUUAUAUUUUUCAGGUAGUUGGUAGGGACCAAAGAAAGCUUGUUCAUUUGAUUGGCGCUACCCACACUGGCAAAAACAGUUCAAGAUUAUCCUAUACAUAUAACUGAUUCGUUGUGGUAGUGAAAAAAAAAAGAUAUCAGGGCUGCAAAUUACUGUCGGACAUCGGACAAUGUCCGACUAAAUCUGGCAAAUGUCCGAGCAAAAGUAAUUUUGACUGGACAUUCGUCCGAUCACAUAAAAAAAAUUGUCACAUUAUACAUUUUUUUGCUGUGACAAAAUCCGAUUGCAAAUUCACUCAAUUUGGCAUUCUAGCAUUUUACUUCACGUUGCGCCGGAAUAGCUAUACAUACUUGUCUCGUGACUUAUGUAUAUCUUGUGACAUAUAAUAUUAUAGUGGUGUUGGUUUUUGUCCGACCAAAUUCAAGUUAUGUCCGACCAAAAUUAAAAGUGAUCGGACAAAUGUCCUGUCAAGUCAAAUAUUUAUUUGCAGCCCUGGAUAUUGAAAAAUAUCCAUAUUUUUUCAUUCCCAAAAGUCACAAAAUGUUUAAACUUACCCUAUCGAUAGUAGUACAUACCUUUCCUACGUUUUUGCAACAAGAAAUAUGAAACCCAGGUAUUUUAUUUUUUUGGCUUAGUGCAUGGGAGACAUAUAUAAAUGUUUUAUGUACAUGAGCAGCAGUGUUUUAUCAUAUAUAAAGAUGCAAAGCGAAGCCGAGUAUUUGUAGGUCUGAUAAAAGACGCACUGCGAAUGUUUUAAAUUGCUUCAAAAACGAUCGAUCUAUUAAGUUCAUUGGUGAAGUAAUUUUCAAAAAAUACGUUUUGUAAUUCGAGAAAAUCAAAGUUAUAGUUUAUGUAAAUCAAGGGAAAUCUCUAUCACAUAUAAGAUACGACACGCUUCAGAUUUAAAAGUUGAAGCAUGUGAAACAAAUUUUCUACAACAACGUUCUAAAGGGGCAUUUUCUGCAAUACUAGUUUGUUUAGUCUACAAGUCCGUGUCUGUCGUUGUUUGAGAUUAAUCCGUUGCUGAAAAACAAUUUCGGAGCAUGUAUUUCACAUGAUAUAUAAUUAUGUUUUCUAAAAAGACAAAAACUUUCUUUUUUUGAAGGCAGAGAAGGUACAACUAUAUGAAGAACGAAGAUAAUUUUGUAUAAAUAUCAGAAGAAAAUACUUUUCACCGAAAUUGUUCAGUUUACUAACCAUUUAUUUAGCAGGAUUUAUCGUUGCUGAGCGAUUUUGUUUUAGGCUUUACGGGAGGAGUUCUAUUACAUUCUGAACGCACCGUUCUAUAUAUUCGUUGAAGUUUAGAAGAAAUGAAUACAGUAUACUCUGGAACAGUCUCUAGCCAGUGUCAAACUGGCUUUCCCAAAAAGAUAUAAUGCAAUUUGUCUGGAAGUUCAUGCAUUCCUGUAAAGUGUAUAGACUAUAUUUGUGAUAUUGUUUGAACUGAAAUCUGAAUGCAGAAACGUAUUUUUAGUGCACGUAUGCGCAUACUUGCAUGUAAAGUAUUUAAUACUAUUAAAUUCUUAUGAAGAUCAUGAUUGUUGUUGGUUAUGUUACCUUAUGUUACAUUAUGUAAUUCAAGUUUGCUUUUAACGAGUGCUUACUCAUGUGUUCCACUCACGGGGUUGACUGCAAACUUUUUGUAGUUCGCUACAGCCACUUCAAAAAAAUGUAGUCAGCUACAACUAAAUGGUGUUCAAAACUCUAUUAGACGAAUGGCCUCUGCCACAGACGAACAUUUUUCUUUGUGCAUAUUUUAUUUUUUGUGAAUGUACUACAAAAAUUGACAAAUUUUUCAUCACAUUGCUAAGCCACGUUGUUUGAAAUCUAGUCGUGCUUUUGAACAAGAAAACCCGGUUCUUCUAUACAGUGAUCAUUAAUAGGUUUUAAUUUUUUGUCGUACAUACACAAGCAAAUAUAAGUAGCUAAGGAAAAAUUGUUGACCGUCUCUGCGGGGUCUACUUAAUUAAUGAGUUUUUGGCAAGUACAAGCGUAGAGGAUAGGCAAGUAUGUGACGGAAUGUUUUCUCCUUGUUAUAUCAACCCAAUGUUUUUUUCUCCCAAUUUUGUGCUCUACAUUGUGAUGACAUGAAUUUCAAAAUUCCUUUUACGUCUUCUUUUCUCAUAAAUCUAACAGGGUCCCUUCUUUUUUUUCCCGUGUAGCCGGACACAGCCAAACUGCACACAAUCAUAGAAAGAACGGCGUUCUUUAUCAAAGAUCAUGGACCACAAAUGGAGAUUGUUGUGAAAGCGAAACAGUCCGGGAAUCCGCAGUUUGAUUUCAUCCAAUUUGAUCAUCGACUCCAUCCCUACUACAAGCUCAUUCUCAAGGCCGUACGUAGUGGAAGCUACGAACCCGCAAAGCCUGCCCCUCCGCCUGCAGAAGAAGGUAAUUAACACUUGGAUUUUUUGGAAUAUCCUGGCACACCGGGCAGGCUUGAAAAAUAUGCCUGGCCACGGUGGGAAUCGAACCUACGACCUUUGUAAUACUAGUCCAAUGCUCUGCCAACUGAGCUACGCGGUCAGGUCGGUUCGAGUAUGCGAUAUUUCGGAACUGAGUCUAGUUCCUUCGAUAUCAGUGUAAUCUAAUAAUCAUGAUAUUUGUUGUGUUGGUGUAAUGUACUCAGGUGAAUAAGAUGCUUGCGAUGUUACUCUGAGUGUAUAUUCACACCGGGCAGGCUUGAAAAAUAUGCCUGGCCACGGUGGGAAUCGAACCUACGACCUUUGGAAUACUAGCCCAUAGGAAUCUUAUUCACCUGAGUACAUUACACCAACACAGCAAAUAUCAUGAUUAUUAGAUUACAUUGAUAUUGAGGGACCUAGACUCAGUUCCGAACAAUCUUUUAAUCAGUCACAAUUUUCGAAAGCUUAUUAUUCGAAGGGUAUUCAUGUAAACGUUUUCAGACUUUGUCUACUUACUAAUUUUGAGGUGGUCUUUUUCGUAAUUCGGUUCAUUUCUUAAUUUGGGCACUUUUUUAACAUUCGUCCCCAGUCCACUCAUCAACUUCGGAAUGGCUAAUUAGGAUAGUUUUUUAUAGUUUGCAGAGGUGUAACUUAACACUUGCCUUGCCCAGGGCAAGUGAAUAUCAUGAGCGUUUUAUCUUGCUUGCCCGAUUGGGCAAGUUGCGUUGUUACAAAAAGUUUCAUUGUCGGAUAAAUUUUUUAUAGUGCAUGUACUUGAUUCAAAUUUUGUUUUUUGAGUGGAUCAAAGCUGUAUCUGAGGCAGUAUAACAUAGCCAUAUAGAGCAAUGGGAGAACGGGUCAACAUGUUGUCCCCUUAAUUUAUACCCCCUACCUAGUGAAUUUUAUUCAGAGCAACUCAUUUUCCUGUCCAACUUGCCCUGAGGGAAAGUGGUCAAAAAAGUAAAGUUACACCACUGGUCUGUCAAGAUAUGUGAUCUGGAAGCCCGGUAAACAUCGAAGCCACAUGAUAGAAGGCGUUUGUUGUCAACCUCUGUUGUCGCCAAAAAAUGGCGGCCCAAAAUCCUGAAUUCUAUUUCUGUUCUUAUUUUAUCCAGAGGAAGAAGAAUCGGACAGUGACGAAGAAAUGGAACUUCAUCCUCUACUCACGGCGUCAUUGAGAGCUCCGAUCACAUCAAAGAAGAAAGAUGUCCCCCCUUUAGAACCUCCGCCACUCCCCCCGGGAUGGACUGCUGUUAAUCCAGGUAAACCCGCGUCUAGUCAAAUUAUUAGAGAUCUUCCGAAUUUAGGACGGCAACGCGACGACGACGGCCAAAACAAACUCCUUCAAAUAAAUGGUAGUAAAGAUACUGUAGUUCGUCGUAUAUUAUCAAUCGUAUGAAUUUAAUACAGUCUUAGAAGUUGAAGGCAUGCGGUUUCCUCCCACAGGGAAAGUUGACAGGGUGGGUUAGGAUAAACACGGUUAAGAAAGUAAUACCACAAUUGUUGUAAAGAUAAAAUAAUCUAGGCUAAGUAUAUAGAAAUGGACCAUUCUCCAAUUAACCGAAAUUUUGAUCUCAACAAGUCUAGACAAAAUUUCAUCACAGCUUGAAAGAACAUCACAAAAUUAGUAAUAUUCCAAAGUGUCGUUGCGAAAUGUUGUAAAAUGCGGAUAAUAUAGCCUUGUGAAAUUUGCAAUUUUCAGUCAUUUUAGAUUACAAACGGGAAAUGGUUACCACUUUUCCAAAAUUUUGAUCUUAACUAGCCUAAACAAAAAUUUCAUCACAGUUUGAAAAAGCAUCACAAAAUUAGUAAUAUUCCAAAGUUUCGUUGCAAAAUGUUGUAAAAUGCGGAUAAUAUAGCCUUGCGAAGUUUGUAAUUUUUAGUCAUUUUGUAUUAUGCACAGAAGUGGUAACCAUUUCCCGUUUGUAAUCUAAAAUAACUGAAAAUUGCAAACUUCGCAAGGCUAUAUUAUCCGCAUUUUACAACAUUUUGCAACGAAACUUUGGAAUAUUACUAAUUUUGUGAUGCUCUUUCAAGCUGUGAUGAAAUUUUUGUCUAGACUUGUUGAGUCAAAAUUUUGGUUAAUUGGGGAAUGGUCCAUUGCGCUAUAGAAUUCCUAAUCUUGAUCUUUAACUAGUAAAUGAAUUUUUAACUUCAUUAUAGAUGAUACGACGGGAACCAAUUCAUUUGUCUCUAAGGCCGACACUUUCUUCGCAGAUAUGAACGUGACUGGACAAACCAUGAGUUAUCCUCCUGGUUACCCCGGUUAUCCAUAUACACACCCUGGCAUCACUCCACCACCACCACCACCACCUGGGAUAGAACCACAAACUGGAAAUGGUAAGUAGAAGUUCGUAGGUUGUCAUGACGAUAAAUAUAGAGCAAAUUGGAACAAAUUUCAUUUUCCCUUGCUCAAAUUUACCCGGUCAAUUCGAACUGUAUUUUUGAGGAUCGGCAAACCUCAAAAUGGCAGAACAUAGCACAUUGACUCUACUCUAAUAACUCCGCAACAUCCCUAGCUGGUCCCAUAUCAUCCUACCCUGCUUUAUGCAUAUCAAAGUAUUCAACCGUUGAAAAACAUUUCUCAUUUUAGGGAAUCCUCAGUUUCCACCCAUGUUCUACUCUAAUAACCCCGCAACAUCCCUAGCUGGUCCUAUAUUGUCCUACCCAGGUACCGAGAUGACCACUGGCCCUCCCAUUAUCCCUCCUCCUCCUGACUUAAAGCCGAUAUGUGAUAAACUCGCGGAGUAUGUUGCCAGAAAUGGCAGCCAGUUUGAGGAGAAUAUACGCGCGAAGAAUGAUCCAAGGUAGGACGCUCGUACAUGCCUGCAGAUUUUACUUUUUGUUGAGAUACAAAGCCAAUAUUUUACUAGCCCGUGGGGGGGGGGGGGGUGUGUGGCACCGAAGAGAAAAGGGUUGGGUAAACAAAAUUUUGAGUGAGUAAAAGGUUGGGUAAAUGAAAAACGAAACAACUCAAGGGUUGGGUAACAAAAAUUUAUUGUCAUUUCCUAAGACUACAAAGCAAUGUCAAUGGUCAUAUGUCAACACAAUAUGUAAAUCAAUCAGAGUUACUAUCUUAUCAUUUUUCGAUUUGUAAGGAGGCAAAUAGUGUCUCCAAAGAAAGUACAUGUGCAGACAACAUGAAACUUUAGACUGCAGAAAAUUGCACAAGCAGUUAUCAAACUCAUGUCACAGAAGUGCUAAAGGACAUGUCAUGUGUAACAACUGAACGGUAUCCUCUUGUAAAGUUUUCGGUUAGGUGUGGGUAUUUAUUUUUGAAGUGAUAUUCGAGUUGGGUAAAAAAUGUUAACUUUUUAAUGGUUGGAUCAACAACAUUUUUGCCAAGAAAAACAUUUCUCUUCGGUGCCACCCGCCAUAAAUAAUGACUGGUUUCUUAAUGUGCUAAAUAAUUUUCACCAAAAAUACACGACAUGGAAAAAUUUGACAGGGUUCGUAGCGGUCUUUGCAAUCCUUGAAAGUCCUUAAAUUUGAAUUCAGGUCUUUAAGGUCUUUGAAAAGUCUUUGAAUUGUGUGAAAAGGCGAAGAAAGUCUUUAAAUUCUUUUGUGAGCAUUUGAUUAUACGAUUCCCUAGCUAAUAAAAUAGAUUGAUUGAAGCAAGAUUUUCGCAAAUAUCGACGAAAAGGUGGAUUUUAGGAUGUGAUGUGGCGGGACUAAUUACCGGGUAAAAAUGGUGCUUACACUCGCAAUUUUUCGACAGCUGAUUGCUCUCAAAGGUCUUUGAAAAGUCUUUGAAAAUAGGCAGAAAAAAUCUUUGAAAGUCUUUGAAUUUUUUUGGUCUUGGAGACUACGAACCCUAUUUGAGGAAAUCUGAAUCUAUUUUUUUGAAGAAUAUUUUGUCCUGAUUCCUCACGUCUUCAUUCUUAUACCUAACGUACGCUCGUAUUGUUAUAUGGAUGAUUCCACCUAUAGAUUAAAUUUUGAUCUAGGCAAGAAGAACAAAAUCCAUCACCACAGCUAGAAAGAGCAUGUUAAAAUUAGUAAAAUUGCAAAGUUUGGUUGCGAAAUGUUGUAAAAUGCGGAAAAUAUAGCCCUACGAAAUUUUGUAUUAAUUUGUAUUACGCGCUGGAAAAUGCACUACAUUUGGGCCGAAAGUGGUGCAUUUUCCCGCGCGUAAUACAAAUGAAUACAAAAUUUGCAAAUUUCGUAGGGCUAUAUUUUCCGCAUUUUACUAGCCUGCGAACAGGCUCUCAAGCCGAAUUGAGAGCCUGCAUCGAUGACUAAUGAAUUUGGAUAUCUGCGUCUCAAAUCGUGACGCGAAAUUCUCAUUGGUCAGAUGCUAUAAUUUAUCAUUAAUUUAUAUGUUUCCGCUGAGCUCUAUAUAUAUCAAGAGCACUGUCUAUGCAUAAAAAACGCAUUGGCUGAUCAAAUUGGUCUUGGCUAUCUUAUCUCAAAGCACGAAAUGUUCUGUUUUGAGAAAACAGUAUUUAAAACAUUUGAAUAUUUGCUUGAAUAUCUUAUAUUUCGAAAAACAGUAUAAACUGUACGGUCUAAAUUUAGUUUGCACGGUCUAAAUUUAGUUUGCACGAAAGUUGUAAACAACACCAUAUAAGGAUAGACAUUCCAUAUUUGGAAAAACGAACGUUACGGGGCAGAUAUUCAAAUUCAUUAGUCAUCGAUGCAGGCUCUCAAUUCAGCUUGAGAGCCUGUUCGCAGGCUACAUUUUACAACAUUUCGCAACCAAACUUUGCAAUUUUACUUAUUUUAACAGGCUCUUUCUAGCUGUUGCGAUGGAUUUUGAUCAUUCAUUUCGUACCUUUUUUGUUUUAAUCCAGGUUUGAUUUCAUCAACGAAACGAGCGACCAUUACACUUACUACCAGACAAGAAUCCGCGAGUUUAAACUCAACCCCGCGGAGUCUGGAAAGAAGAGUAGUGACGGAGCAAAGAGCGGGAUACUGGUGCCUAGUUCGACGCCAGUCAGUUUUCAAAUUAAAACGAAGGAUGCAAAGAGGACUGUGAUGGAAUAUCAAAGCAGUAUUCUGUAUAAAACUGCUAAAGCCGAUGAAAGCGAUGAGGAAGGGGUAGAUGAGGAUAACACGGAAAACGAGGACGACAAGGUAGGCAUCAACUAUUUUACUGACCUCAGAAUGACAUUUCGUCAAAACUUUUUUCUUCAAGAUUGAUUUAGAAACAAAUUUGGAGUAGGGUUAGGUUAGGGUAGGUGUUUGGAGUAGGGCUAGUGUUAGUAAAACUGUUCCUUUGUUACGUUUUUUCACUCUGAGGCCAGCGAAAUAAUCUCUUCCCGACAAGGUAUAG